ACAUGAAGAGGGUAAAUAGCUGUGUGAAGAGUGGUGAGCAUGUCCUGGAGGAGUUGGAAACAGAAGGGGAGAGGCAGCUGAAAAGCCUCCUUCAGCAUCAACUUGAUACCUCUGUCUCCAUUGAGGAAUGUGUGUCUAAGAAAGAGAGUUUUGCUCCUGGUACUAUGUACAAGCCCUUUGGGAAGGAAGCAGCUGGGACUAUGACUUUGUCCCAGUUCCAGACACUGCAUGAGAAGGACCAGGAAACUGCUUCUCUUAGGGAACUAGGGCUCAAUGAAACAGAAAUCUUGAUCUGGAAGAGCCAUGUUUCAGGUGAAAAGAGGACAAGACUGAGGGCAACCCCGGAAGCAAUACAGAACCGUCUUCAAGAUAUUGAAGAAAGGAUCUCGGAGCGUCAGCGCAUCCUUUGCCUGCCACAGAGAUUUGCCAAGAGCAAACAGCUGACCCGGCGAGAAAUGGAAAUAGAAAAGUCUUUAUUUCAGGGAGCUGAUCGGCACUCCUUCCUCAAGGCUCUUUAUUACCAAGCAUACCACAAAAAGACAAGUGCAGACAAGUACAUGACCUCAAUGAAGAGGAAGAUAAAAUUAGGCACAAAAGAUGAACCCCAAAAGAAGAACAAAGGUGAUCCCAUGAACAACCUGGAAAGUUUUUACCAAGAGAUGAUAAUGAAAAAACGUCUUGAAGAGUUCCAACUUAUGAGAGGUGAACCCUUUGCUUCCCACUCACUGGUCUCAGCUACAUCAGUGGGAGAUAGUGGCACAGCUGAGAACCCGUCAUUACUCCAGGACAAGGGAAAACAGGCAGCACAGGGUAAAGGUCCCAGUCUCCAUGUGGCAAAAGUUAUUGAUAAUUCACCUGAGCAGUGUUGGACUGGGCCUAAGAAGCUGACGCAGCCAAUAGAAUUUGUCCCAGAAGAUGAGAUCCAGAGAAAUCGUUUGUCAGAGGAAGAGAUCCGAAAAAUUCCUAUGUUUUCUUCAUAUAAUCCAGGGGAGCCAAACAAGGUGUUAUACCUGAAGAACCUUAGCCCUCGGGUGACCGAAAGAGAUCUUGUCUCAUUGUUCGCUCGGUUCCAGGAGAAAAAAGGACCACCAAUUCAAUUCCGAAUGAUGACUGGACGAAUGAGGGGGCAGGCUUUUAUCACCUUUCCCAAUAAGGAGAUAGCAAGGCAAGCAUUAUAUCUAGUAAAUGGAUAUAAACUACGUGGGAAAAUACUGGUGAUAGAAUUUGGAAAGAACAAAAAGCAACGGUCAGACCUCCAGGCUGCUUCUCUCAUAUCAUCUGCUCCAGAUAACACAGCAGAAAUCAGUGGUAGCUAAAAGAUAUAUAGAUGGUGAGU